AUGGCACAGGAACCUACCGACUCCGCAACUGCCAUGGAUACUCUUCCAGAUGCCCCGGCAGACACCGCUGCGAAAGCGCCUGUUCGGUCCUUCAAGAAGAAAUAUGCGAAGAUGAAAGUCAAAUUCGACCAUGGAAUCCGAGAAAACGAGACUCUGAUUCGAGAGGAAUUGCGCAUCGAGGAUCUUUCCAAGCGUAUCCAAGAACAGAACGAUCAAUUAUUAGAGGUCCUCCUUGAAUUCAACGAGAGUCUCCAAGUAUCUCCGACUAUGCGAUUCGACUUGAACAUGCCAGCCGGUAUUUCUUCCCUCCCCACCGCGGAGCAAGUAAUCGCCCCCUUGGUGGAGGACGCGACCCUGGCACGAACGACACUAAAAGAGGCCAAGACGGAAUUGGCGAACGGCAAUUUCUCUGCUGGAGCAUUUCGUCAGGUUGAAGAGAGUAUCAAGCGCAACAAGGAAUUUGCGCCAGCCAUGAAUUACAGCAGCCUAUGUAAGGUGCCUCAUACCGCCAUCACUGCACCGGACGCAGAGAAAAUCACCGAUGGCGUGGAGCGCAGACUUGGAUAUUUUACUCCGGAACACGAAACCGAGUAUUACCUAGCCCUUGAUGCUAAACUUGGCGACGAGGCAGCCGCACUGCAAGUUGAGCGCAUCCCCGACCCACCCACAUUCGCAGAACGGGAAAAGGAUGCCAACAUCCGCAACCCGGCAUCGGUCCACAACUGGCUGCGUCGUAACCAGCCUCAGACUCUGCAAGACCACGAAGUUGCAUCGGAGAAGUCAACAUCAAAGCCGUCAAAUCAGCGCUCAUCGAAGCGGGCGCCGACGCAGCGUAAGGAUGAAGAGACACAUGAUGAGGAUGGAGUGGAUGCGGAACCAACACCUAAGAACAAGCGCAAGCGUGAAGAAGAUACCGGAUAUCGACCCAAGGGUGGUAGUAGCCGCUCGAAGAAAAAGAAGGAGGAGUCGACUCCAACUGCCAACCGCACCACUAAGAAGACCUGA